GAGAAACCUGUCAUCCAAGCAACCGACGCGCGCUGCCCAAGACUCGCGCAUCUUAAACAAAAUCUUUUCAUCUUCACUCCAAAAUAAACGGACCGACACUACAACAACAUAGUUCACGCCAAAACUGAGACCAAAACGAAGCAAGCGAAACCGUAGUGUUUUAAAAACCGUUCGCUCCGCGCGUGGCUUUUGGUUUGUUUAUCUUUUCGUAGUUCUUAAGCAAUCCGAAAUCUUUUUGGAGAGGGCGCUGCGCGCGAGAGUGUGCGCGUGAGGGCGAGCUUUUGCUUAACAGAAACAUCUCAAGUGUCGGUUUCUCGCUAAUGAAUAGACUUCACUCAAUGGAAUUUUAUAUUUAGAGCUUUCGUACGCCGCUUCUCCCUACGGGCAAUAGUGGACGGCGAAGCAGAAACGGACACGCGAAGCGAGCUCGCGGCAUGGCAGUUAUUGACAUCUAGAAACAUCAGGAUCGGGACGCUUGUCGGUUUUAAUCCCAACCGGAAUUGGCGACUUAUGUUCUUUCUAACGGUUUUAGGUGAGGUAUCGCGGUGAAAACUCCAGCCGGUGACAAAAUGAUGGCCGGCGGGGCAGUUCAGCAGAACGGGAUAUUCUCCGCUCCUCAGCACAUUUUACAAUCGCCACACAUGGACUCGGAUCCCUGUGAUUCCCGAAAAAGACCGCUGGAAACACCGACCGAGGCGAGCAGUACCAAGCGCACUAACACCGGAGAGGAGGGUGAAUAUUUCCUGAAGGUGUUGAUUCCCAGCUACGCUGCUGGUUCAAUCAUCGGUAAAGGGGGGCAGACCAUCGUCCAGCUUCAGAAAGAGACUGGAGCCACCAUCAAACUAUCCAAAUCUAAAGACUUCUACCCAGGUACAACAGAGCGUGUUUGUUUGAUUCAGGGUACGGUGGAAGCACUAAAUGGAGUCCAUAACUUCAUCGCUGAAAAAGUUCGUGAAAUGCCUCAGAGCAGUCAGAAGACUGAACCGGUCAGCAUUCUCCAGCCACAGACCACUGUAAACCCAGAUCGUGUUAAACAGGCUAAACUGAUCGUGCCCAACAGCACAGCAGGACUCAUCAUCGGUAAGGGUGGGGCUACAGUUAAGGCUGUGAUGGAGCAAUCGGGAGCCUGGGUACAGCUUUCUCAGAAGCCUGAGGGCAUCAAUCUGCAGGAGCGUGUCGUGACGGUGAGCGGGGAACCGGAGCAGAACCGAAAAGCUGUGGAGAUCAUUGUUCAGAAGAUCCAGGAGGACCCACAGAGCAGUAGCUGUCUCAAUAUCAGUUAUUCCAACAUCACCGGCCCCGUGGCCAACUCCAACCCGACCGGAUCCCCCUUCGCCAACUCUACGGAGGUCUUACCCAACGCCGCUGCGGCGGCCACAGCCUCUACGCUGCUCGGCCAAGCGGGCCUUGCAGGCAUGGGAGGGUUUCCUACGGCUAUGUCUAGUCUUUCCGGUAACGAUCUGCUCGCCAUUACGUCUGCCCUGAACACUCUGGCCAGUUAUGGCUACAACACCAAUACGUUGGGGCUGGGUCUCAACCCGGCCGCGGCAUCUGGAGUGCUAGCUGCCGUUGCAGCUAGUGCCAAUCCUGCAGCUGCGGCUGCAGCCAACCUGCUUGCCACAUAUGCCAGCGAAGCCUCUGGAGGAGGCGGUCAUCCCGCAGCUCCUAGCUUAGGGGGCUUCUCACUCGGCUCUCUAGCGGCCGCCACGGGAGCAUCUAACGGUUACCUGAAUCCUUCAUCCCCACUGGUGGCAUCGUCUCUUCUAGGCACGGAGAAGCUGGCAGAAGGUGGAAAGGAAGUGGUUGAGAUCGCCGUGCCGGAGAACUUGGUCGGUGCCAUUUUGGGGAAAGGUGGCAAGACUCUGGUGGAGUAUCAGGAGCUGACAGGGGCACGAAUUCAGAUCUCCAAAAAAGGAGAGUUCAUUCCAGGCACACGCAAUCGCAAAGUUACCAUCACGGGGUCACCGGCGGCGACGCAAGCCGCUCAGUAUCUCAUCAGCCAGCGAAUCACGUACGAGCAAGGUGUCCGUGCCACCAAUCCUCAGAAGGUGGGCUAGAGAUGGACAGGAGCGGGGAGGGGAACAACAAAAAUGGGAACCGAAGAAAAAAAGAGAGAAUUAAAAAGAUGACUGGAAGAAAGAGAGAAAGAAUGGAAAGGGUCGGGGCUUAAAACACGUCCAAAUAUUUCAAAACAAAAUGAGGACAACAACAAAACCAACGAAAAAGAUCUGAUGUGGAACUGUGAAUUGAUAACCUGUUUGGGGCGAAAUGUGAUAUUUUGUGACUGAAAUUCUGCUGUAUUUUUAAAAGUGUUAGGUUGUGUAGGUCUGAAUACUGUGCCCUGGGGCACUCAGAGGAGGAGGAGCUAAAACCUCACUUCUUCUCAUUGCCGGGGUCUUUUGGAUUUAAUAUUCAGUUUUUUGCUUCCACUGCAGAGCCCUCACAGUUUAGUUCAUGAUCUGAUCCACACCCUGAGCAAGGAGUUCAAAGUGCUCCCUCUUUUGAUUUGUUUUAUUAUUAGUAAAUCCAAUCUCCACAACUAUCCCGUAGGCCUAAAAAUGAAAAGGCCAUCUUGAUGGCUCGCAUACUCAGAAGAUAGUUCUGAAACAUUAUACUAACUCCCUUAUUAUUUUCAACCAAGGCUUAAUCUGAAACACCUGCUCACGUUACUGGAUCUCUGUGAUUAUUCUUCAUUAUGGUUGAUUUACACACAUGUCCACAUUCAAUCUCUUCUAGAUUUACUCAAACCUGUGAUUCCAGGUUGACCUGAAUGUAUAAAGACUUCCUGAAAUUGUUGGGCUUUUUAUAUGUACAUAUAGUAUCAAACUGAGAUGCUGUUGAGAGCAAACCUAAACUUCAGCCGCAGACACAGACAAGACGGCGUACGUCAAAAGUUACAUACUUACCAUUCGAGAACAGGAAUGUAAAACAUACAUCACAUGCAUUUACAUCUAUACAUACAAACUUACUCACAGGAUCCCACUUUGGUGCUAUAAGAAAACGCAUAAGAUUUUAAGAGAUUUUGUUGUCAUAUCUACCGAUUUGAGAAAUUAUGGGUGAGUUUGUUGAAGCCUUCGUUAAUUAUUAGGGGGCAUUUUACCCAUAAUGAGGUGGAUAUUCAAAAGAUCCCGCCAGAGCAGAGACAAAACAGUACAGUAAAAA